UAGUAAAUCUCUAGUCUAUUUACGGUAACCAGAGAAUGGUUGUUACACUAUGAUCAUCAAAAUCAAGACCAAAGAGUCACAAGAGAUCUAAACCAUCGAUUCAAUUUUGGUCAACGACUCGAACUCUCAACAUAAGCAAAACAGUCAGUCGUAAUAUAAAGACGCACCGUUAUAUACCAAAACAAAAGAAAAGGCAAAGAGGAACUAAUAAACGGACCAUGAGCUCCACCCAGACAUACGAGCCGUUAUUGACUCGACUCCACUCCUAUUCUCAGAUAACUGAACGGUCUUCGCCGGAGAUAGAGGAGUUUCUACGCCGUCAUGUAUCCACGGUGACGCCACGGUGGUGGCUAAAGCUGGCCGUGUGGGAGUCAAAGCUUCUAUGGACACUCUCUGGAGCCUCUAUAGUGGUCUCUGUUCUGAAUUACAUGCUCAGCUUCGUCACCGUCAUGUUCACCGGCCAUCUCGGUUCUCUUCAGCUCGCCGGCGCUUCCAUCGCCACUGUGGGCAUCCAAGGUCUAGCUUACGGUAUCAUGUUGGGAAUGGCGAGCGCGGUCCAGACAGUGUGUGGUCAAGCGUACGGAGCGAGACAGUACUCGUCAAUGGGAAUAAUCUGCCAACGAGCCAUGGUCUUGCACCUUGCAGCUGCAUUCCUCCUCUCGUUCCUCUACUGGUACUCGGGUCCAAUCCUAAAAGCAAUGGGCCAAUCCGUAGCCAUAGCACACGAGGGUCAGAUCUUUGCACGCGGAAUGAUUCCACAGAUUUACGCUUUUGCCCUCGCUUGCCCGAUGCAGAGGUUUCUUCAAGCUCAGAACAUAGUGAACCCUUUGGCUUACAUGUCUUUAGGAGUUUUCUUGCUCCACACGUUACUCACGUGGCUGGUUACCAACGUGCUGGAUUUCGGCUUGCUUGGUGCGGCUCUGAUUCUCAGUUUCUCAUGGUGGCUGCUUGUGGUUGCGAACGGUCUGUAUAUCGUGAUGAGCACGAGUUGUAAGGAGACUUGGACCGGGUUUUCAACUAGGGCAUUUACAGGGAUAUGGCCUUACUUCAAGCUCACGGUAGCUUCAGCAGUCAUGCUAUGUUUGGAGAUAUGGUACAACCAAGGGCUAGUGAUUAUCUCUGGUUUACUCACCAAUCCGACAAUUUCUCUAGACGCGAUUUCGAUUUGCAUGUAUUACUUGAAUUGGGAUAUGCAGUUCAUGCUUGGUCUAAGUGCAGCAAUCAGUGUGCGAGUGAGCAAUGAGCUAGGAGCGGGAAAUCCACGAGUGGCUAAGUUAUCAGUAGUGGUGGUUAACGUUACGACGGUUCUCAUUAGCCUAGUUCUCUGUGUCAUUGUGCUCGUGUUCCGCGUCGGCCUUAGCAAAGCUUUCACGAGCAACGCAGAAGUUAUAGCUGCCGUCUCUGACCUCUUUCCUCUUCUCGCCAUUUCCAUUUUUCUAAACGGAAUCCAACCAAUUCUCUCAGGGGUUGCUAUUGGGAGUGGGUGGCAAGCAGUGGUGGCCUAUGUGAAUCUUGUUACUUACUAUGUCAUUGGUCUUCCUAUUGGCUGUGUUCUUGGCUUCAAAACUAGUCUUGGAGUUGCUGGGAUCUGGUGGGGGAUGAUUGCAGGAGUCAUACUUCAAACCCUAACUUUGAUUGUUCUUACACUUAGAACCAAUUGGACUUCCGAGGUAGAAAAUGCAGCUCAGAGAGUAAAGACCUCGGCAACUGAGAAUCAAGAGAUGGCUUACGAAGGCAUUUAAGAGAACAGCAACAGCGACUGUUUUUUUUCUCUCUUUUGGUGGCAAGAGAUAUAAUAUGAAAUAAGUAUCCUUUUGAUUCUUUAAGUUAUUUCAUGAUUCAGAAAAUAUAACAUUUUGUUAACUACAGACAAAAAUAAUGGACGACCUACUUAGUCCUCUUCUGCAAAA